AUUUACGUUUUGUUGCAUUAUUUUCAUUUUUAUUAUGGUUUUGGAAAAACUUGCAUUAGACCAGCGAAUGAAAUCGCAAAAUCUUGUGCAUAUGCUGCAAAACAGAGAAUCAGGCUAUACACGCUGCCAUAAGCUUAGCCAAAGUGCUCCAUUGUCAUAUGAGCGACAGUUCUACAAGGCGAUCACUCCAUGUCUGACGAUUGGAAUAUUAAUUCCACCUGUCUACCUGCGCAAAUUUACACCGGAUGGCAGCAAGUUGUUGGCUUUCUCUCGGGAUCAGCGCUCAUGUAUUGUGUACACGUACAAGGGAAUCGGCUCUAACCACGUUGGAGAUUUGCUAAAUGAGGCCGACGUAGGCGAUGCGGAGAACUAUAAAGGCGUAGAUGAUAAUCUCCUAAAAUCCAAGAUAUUUGAACGGCUCUUUGAGACUAAAUAUGUGCUGCGUCUAUGCCAAGGUGACUCGGCACGUUAUUAUCUGCAUCGGGAGUUCAGUGUUUUUCUGGAGGAUGGACGCUAUGUGCUGUUAGCAGGAAUGUGUAUACUCAAUGGCUGCAACUUGCCCAUCACUGACUACGAGCGUUAUCCGGACCUGUUCGAUAAACUCGAUCCCUUCUCGUAUAUAUUCUUUGUGGUGGACUUGCAACAGGGCAUUGUUACUGAUGAAGUUCAGUUGCCUCAAGAUGCCAUCUGCUUGUCGCAUAAUCACGGCAUCUCAAUAUAUGGCAAUACAAUAGCAAUUUUGUCCCGACUGCGCCAAACAAUUUACAUAUACGAGUUGGUUAAUGGUCGUCUGAUCAAGCACGAGCACGAAGUAGGGCCUAGACCUCGCGACUGUGCCUUCCAGGCGUCCUCUCUAUCAGCCAUGUUAGAUGUCAACACUCUUUUGCCCAUUACCCACAUUAAGCAGCGAGUGCUGAGCUUCUUAUACCGCCAGAUACAGCAGGAUGGCCAGAAAUAUCAGGAUUUUUACAAGAAUUUUGAUUUUAUUGAAAACAUGAUCAUUGAAAAAAUGCAACUAGUUGACAGUGAUCUGAUUUUGUUGCGGUACGAGCAACGACCAAAGGACACAGAUGUGACGCCCAUGCUGACGACUGGGGAACCGGAACCACCACGACGUCUCUAUGUAUUUUAUCGUAUGUCCAACGAAGAUGUUAUUGGUGUCUACCACGACGAUUCUGUGGACCUGCUGGAAAUAGUAGUACAAUUCUACGAUAAAAUGUGCAAUGUGCGAUCAAUGCAGACGGGGGAUGCCCCCUCAUCGCCCACACAUCAUUUUAUUCGACAGAAUUGCUUAAGUCCCAACAAGUCGACACACUUUAUGCGUCAGGCAGCUCUCCGGUUUAAUCCCAGUGUACCCGUCAGCACACAGAGCUUUUCAACAUCACCAUAUCUUAACUACAACGUAUUUUAUUACGAUGAUCGGCUUGUCUCUCCCCUGGAACGUCCAAAAGCCAGUUCCACGGAGCCCAUAGUAUUCCGUGAUCGCGAAACUAACUUGAUCAAGUUUCGUUUAAACACCAAGGCACGACGUGCCCAUGAUAGUGGUCCAAGGGAGCUGUGUGCCUUCAUUUGUCAUCCAUUUGAGCCGCUUGUCAUCAGCAUACAGAAGUGUAUGCACGUCUACUUGUAUAAAUUGCACAUUUACAACCAUAGUACCACUGUGAAGCAGACCUACUAAGAUUAGUUUAUUCUCAUAUGUGAUAUUUUAGUUGUAAGAAAUUGUUUACAUUUAAGUAUAUUUACACGUAAAUGAUGAUUUCUAGGUGCUAA